AUGCCUGCAGUGCUGAAGGUCACCUACCAGUCCGACAUCCGCCGGUGCAGGUUGGAUGACCAGGACAUUUGCUAUGAGGGCUUGUGCAAGAUGCUGCCUCAGCUCUUUCCCGACCUUGGGGACAACUACACGGCGAAGUACGUUGAUGAGGAGGGUGAUGCCUGCGUCCUGUGCGAGCCGUCUUGGAGUGAUUUUCUGAGCUUGGCAAAGCGCGGCAGCACCGUGGCAGUUGGCUCUUCAGACCAGAAGCUAAUUCUCAAGCUGGAGCUGUUCGACCUGCCUGAGGAGAGGCCGCUGAUCGACCAGCCUGAAGAGAGGCUCGAACAGGACCAGGGCUGCCACCUGGGAGUGAAAUGUGAUGGGUGUGGUGCCUCUCCGAUCAUGGGCCCUCGCUUCCGGUGCACUGUCUGUCCUGACUUUGACUUUUGCUCCCACUGCUUCCAGAAGAAAGACAAAAUCCAUGGCGGAGAGUGUGUCGGGCAUGACUUUGAGCAGGUUGAACAGCCGUGUUGGAGCCCUCUUUGGACGAUGAUGCGCAUGCUCAAGGGCAAGGGCAAGGGCAAGGGGAAGUGCAAGGGAAAGGGCAAGGGAAAGGGCAAGGGAAAGUGCAAGGGCAAGUUUGAGGCUGAGCAGACAGAAGGCGAGGUUUGCAGCUGGCCUGUUCACCACUUCUGGCCUGAGCACUCCUGGGCACUCCGGCACAGCUACCCCUGGCACCAUGACUCCUGGCGCCACGAUUCCUGGUUUCGGCACUGUCCUGACUCCUGGUUUCUGACAGGCAUGGCUGGCACAGGCGGGACCUGGGAAAACCGAGCUUCAGCAGACGUUCAGGCACCGGAUGCCUAA